CCUUAUUCAUUCGACCCUCUAAGUCUUUUCAACCUUCGAGUCGUGGUUGCGGAGUGUGCAAUUUAAACACUCCCAUUUAAAUUAAUCAUGGCAAUGGACAAUAGCAAUUCCAGCCUAUUUAGUUUAUUUGGCAGCAGUUAUGGAAAUAGAGAUUCAUCUAUGAACGUCCCUCUGACAAGUACUCCAGCAUCCUCUCAGCUGUCACCUUAUUUAUCAGUGGACCCAUCUUAUCUUCAAAACCAGCCUGAAUUUAUACCUCUAGAAGGAGCACAGCCUAGGAGAGGCCGUUUUGAGCUUGCCUUCUCCCAAAUUGGAGGCCUGGUGAUGCUGGGAGGCAGCAUAGGUGGUGUUCAAGGACUAUAUAAAGGCCUGCAAGAGACAGCAGUGGCUGGACACACUGGCAAGAUCAGACGAACUCAAGUGAUAAACUUUGUGACGAAGCGCGUAUCAGGCUCUGCCAACACUCUGGGCACGAUUGCUGUGCUUUACUCCGCCCUUGGCUGCAUGCUCUAUUGGGGUCGAGGCAAUAAGGAGGACAGCGCUAACACUUUACUGGCUGGUUCUCUUACUGGUGCGCUAUAUCAGUCCUCUGGGGGACUACGCAAGGCUGGUAUUGGUGGCGUUGUUGGCUUGGCUCUUGCAGGCUUAUUUGUUGCAUGCACUUCUCGUGACAAGAUGAGAGACUACAAUUCCAGGUACUGAAGUGCUGGUGUACGUUCCUGGUGCAGGAAAGAAGAUUGCAGAGUGGUUGGAAAUUGAUAUACAACAUCUCCACCUCUCUCACAAGGGAUAUGUUCUUCUGUCUCCAAAAAUAAAAUCUACGGUCUGUGAGCACUAACUGAUUUUCCUUCUUUAGGAACUUUUCAGAAGAAAAUUGGAAUGUAGUUUCAUUUCCUUAAUAGUUUAUUUAAAAUUUGGAGACAAGCCGACAAAUCAAUUAUGAUCAAUUGCAAGGUUUUCGUUUGCGCAAUGAUUAUGCCUUGGUUGCUCAGGUUUGUGCCAUUUUCGAAAAAAUUGUGGUUAUUCGUCCUCAUUACGCAGACAUAUUAGGGCAAUUAUCUUCCCUUGUAAUGUAUAUAUUUAUUCGUAUAUUGUUCAGAAAGCACCUUGUCGUCACUAAUGUGAACUCCAUGUUUCAAUACCAAUUCUGUACAUACGAUUUGCGAACUGUUACGAAUUAGGAAGGUUCAAAUAAAGUGCCGUCAACCCUG